CGUUCGAGGAAAACAGUUCCCGGAGGCGACACGUAUUCCGCGCGUCGAGACAUAACCGAACCAGAGACCCUGGCUACCUUGGAGAGAUGUUUCCGUCUUCUGAUCGGCGUAAGACACGGUACGACGCCAAAAUCUGCCGGGAACUCCGGCACACUGAUCGGCCGUUGCCUGAAACGGCCCGUAUUCGAUCGUAUCAAGCACCGUGUGACACGCAUGGACCACAAUCUCUUUGAUGUGAUCUGGCCCGCUUUAAAAAAAUACGGUAACUCGGCUUGCAACAGCAAGGCGGGCAGCGCUUAUUCGGUGGUCAGCAACGUGGACGAGCACGAGUCUGUGUCGGUGGUAGCGCCGGACUACGAAAGUUACAUCGUGUUCGCAGACUUUUUCGACCCUCUGAUCAGGGACAUACAUUGCGUGACUGCCAGCGGUGAUCUUCCCGACCACCCUCCGCCGAGGUUCUUUUACAACGAGAACGACGACAGCGAAGAGAAUGCCGACACGUUGGACGAACUGACAGUGUCGGCGAUCGAGGCGUACGACCUCGAUCCUCCGGCCAAAUACGUUCAAGCUGCUGUGAUAGAGUGUUGCAGAAAUCUGGAAAGUUACACGCUUCCCUUGACGCUUACGGUGAACCAGCUGGAAGAGGUGGAACGAGAGAUCACCAGUGAAUUGAUGAGCCAAGAGAUCUCGGCAAUGGUGGCGGAGGGUAGCAGCGAGGACGAGGCCGGAACUUACUUUACCCUUAGCGAAAUUCUGGAUCAACCGAGUCCGAUCAGAGCCCAACUGGCAGCAGCCGGUUUGCUAUUGCCUAUUACGGAUCUUGAAGUUCACGAUGACAAACGUCUUCAUGGGAAGCACUGGCCUUACGGCCGAGGAGUUUACGUCGCCUCUGCCGGUGACCUAGCUGCUUGGGUGAACGUUCAGGAUCACCUGAGGGUUAUUUGUCGCACCAGCGAGAACAGACCGGGUUCGAUCGGUCGUGGCUACGUAAGGCUGGCGAAGGUGAUGACGAUGCUCGACGAAAGAAUGAAAUUCAAGAGAGACAAGAAGCUGGGCUUCCUCGGCGCACGACCGUACGCCAUUGGCAAUACUCUUAGGUUUAACGCGAUAAUCAGGUUCCCGGAAUUGUCGAAGGAAUUUGAUCAUUUGAAGCAUCUGUGUGUAGUUCGUGGAUUAAGCAUACAAGAAACAGCGAAACGGGAUAUGGUUCGAAUCGGUAACCAGCAAUCGUUGAGUAUCACCGAGCUGCAGACCCUUCAAGAUUUCUCCAGAGCUGUUCUGAAUAUCCUGGCGUUGGAGAAGGAACUAUCGAUAAACAAUUCGUUGAAGAUUGCAACUUUGAUCGCGGGAAUUUUCCGCAAACGGAACAGUGCUAAACGUUUCCAGAAUUAAAAUCGUCGCGGAGAGGGGACGCUAAAACGAUCAACGAAAGACUCUGUCUUUCCUCGUCCAUGUUAUUCAACGCUCCUAUACUUUUUUUCUUUCUUUUUCAUUUUUCUUUUUUUCCUUUUUCUUUUUUCUUGAUAACCGAAUAAUACGCUUAUACGUGGAAUGCUUGUGUGAUAAUUCCGUAUAUCGAGCCGAUGCGUCGAUUGACCGUCCAUAAGCAAACUAAAGUCGAAAGUGAAAAGUGGAAAGUGGAAAGUCGAAAGUCGAAAGUGAGAGGAGAGAAAAGGAAAGAGACGGGUUGGGACGUUGGAAAGACGUGUGCGAACGUUAUUCUAUUUCUCGUGCACCGAAUUAAUUAAACGAAAAUGAAAGAUUAGCUGCUCGCAGGGACGCUGGAUUUUGUUCGUUAGGUUAGUAAAAUGAACCAUUGGUAUAUGGUACAUGGGCAAUUGUUAAGACGCUUUGACAUGUUGUCGCACGACACCAUGCUUGUCUACCUACACGUAAAGUGUGUAUACGUACCUAAAAACCGGCUAAAAUCGGCUACACAGAGAUUCUAUAUAAAUUGAAUAAUAUCGCAAGAUGAUUUAUGUGUCAUGCACGAGCUGUUCGAUGUUCACACGAAACAGAAAUGGCGUAGCACGUGUCUUUCCAACUUGAACCGACGAACCGUACGUUUUUACGAGUGGCUACUGUACGCGAACGAUUAUACGUAAACGAAAAUCCUCUAUCGCUUCUAUCGCAUCUAUCGCUUCUAUAGCUUCUAUCGCUUCUAUCGAUGUAACUCCUAUCGUAAAAUUCUCUUACUCGUGUGUAAACCUGCUUCCGCAUACCGAGAUCGUUGUAUCGUGCUAGAUUUGUUUGUGCGCAACGCGUUUUCCAAAGUGCAACCAACAGCUGUGCACUCAAUGUUCACAAUGCACCUAUCUUUUGCGAAGAAUCUGCCUCUUUCGUAUUUUCAAACAAGAUGGAUAAGAUAAAUAAGAAAAAACGAGCAAAGCAUUAGCAACGUAUUGCGCCUCGAUCGAUGUAAAUUAAUUAAAUCGAUGUAAAAGAAAAGCCAGAGAUCCCAUAAUAAUGAUCGAAUAAUAAUUUAUUACGCUUUAUAAAGCGGAGAAAUAGGUGCAAUAUGUUUUUGCCUUUUGUAUCUUCUAGUCGAUGAAAAUAAAAGUGUUAUUCGCUUUUCAGACGACAA